UUGGGACAAUGCGCGCUAGAAGACUCCACAUUUACCCUUUCCGUCCCAAGCGUCUCCUCCCGUUCGUGGCAGUAUGCUGCUGCGGUGGUGCAGCCAGACGAGCCUAUUAUCCCGUCCCCGACCCUUUCUACCCGCUGCCGUUUCGGUCCUCUGCAGCCGUAUCCUUCUUUACAACAAGCUAAACCCUAGCAAGCCAAUGGCCGCCGGCCGCCGUGCUGCGUCAUUUGCGGCCCCUCGACCAGAACUAGUUAGGGAAGCUCUUUUCUUGCCUCCUGGGGUGGCUAAAGAGGACGUAACGGUGGAAAUGGUUCUUCCGGGGUCGAAUAUCGUGGUCGGCCCCUACGCCGGUGAUGCACGGAUCAAGCAAGCGGAGUUCGUGAAGAGCAGUUCGCGGGCUAAAGAUUGCCCCAAAGAUGACCGUCCUGAGUUUGCUGUCAUCGGGAGGUCCAACGUCGGAAAGUCUUCACUCAUCAAUGCCCUCGUACGGCAGAAGGAUAUCGCCCUAACUUCCAAGAAACCAGGGAAAACUCAGCUUAUCAAUCACUUUUUGAUCAACAGAAGUUGGUAUAUUGUCGAUCUGCCCGGAUAUGGGUAUGUCUUUUGGAUAUGCUGA